UUUGUGUUUUCACCUCAUACGUAGGACCAGGAGGUUGGCUUGACUUUUCCAUUUUCAGUGGCUGGCUGUUUAUAAUUUUAACGUUUUUGUCGGUGGAAUCAUCUUCUUUCGUUUAGUUAAUGUAUGAGUGAUUAAUUUAUACUUGUGGCUCGUCCACACUUUUUCCAAUUUAUUCGUUUUGCCGGGCAAACAUGUACUCAGGACCAGCUCGCCACUCAUCUGCUACCGGUGCUGGACCACUGGGUACGCAGUUUAAGUUUACAAUCGCUGAAACUUGUGAAAAGAUUAAAGAAGAAUUCAACUAUCUUCAAGCUCAGUACCAUCAGUUGAAAUUGGAAUGUGAAAAAAUAGCGUCAGAAAAGACUGAAAUGCAGCGGCAUUAUGUCAUGUAUUAUGAAAUGUCCUAUGGAUUGAAUGUUGAAAUGCACAAACAGACUGAAAUAGCGAAAAGAUUAAAUGCAAUUAUUGGUCAAGUGAUUCCUUUCCUAGCAUCAGAGCAUCAGCAGCAAGUUGCCACAGCUGUUGAUCGGGCCAAACAGGUUACUAUGUCAGAACUGAACGCAAUUAUUGGGCAGCAUCAGCAGCAGGGCUUGCAACAACUCUUGCAACAGAUUCAUGCUCAACAAGCUCCACAUGGCGCUCCUGGAGGAACUGUUCCAUUUUUGCCACACAUGGCUGCACCUGGAGCCCUCCUGGGUUUACCUCAUCCGCUCUCAAAACCCAUAGACCCUCGUGAACCGAUUCCUCUCAAGCGAUCGUCCUCUAUACCCGAGGACCGAUUACGGAGUCCCGUAUCUCCAAGUGUGAACAAGUAUAGAUCUCCGGAGCCUGACACUAAACGUAGAAGACCUGAAAGUAAAAUCCAUGCUCCUGAAAGUGAUGGUGAUAAGAGUGAUCAAGAAUUAGUUGUAGAUGAAGCAAAUGAAGAAUCGCAUUCAGCUCCUAGUGCAAGUAAUGGUCCUCUAGAUGCCUCUCAUGAUAAACUGAGCGGGCUUGGAAGCAAAUUGGAUCGGCCAACAAGUCAUAGUGGUUCCUCCGGCUCUAACAGUCGUACACCCACCCCCACCGCAAAGAGCAAAGAUAUUGACAAACCGCCAACUCCUCUGUCGAAACCAAGUACUCCAGGAUUAGGAAAAACUCCUCCAUCAGCAAUUCCCCCAAUGGGUCUCGGCUAUCCUGGAAUGCCACGAAAUAGUCUUCCUCCAGAAGUACAUCUUUCUUCCUCUGUUGGGUACAAUGCCUCGGCGAGAAAUUCAUUGCCAUCUGGUGAACCGAGGUCAUCAACUCCUCUGAAUCAUGCAAGUGAUCUGAGUCUUUCAGCAACUAAAUUACCUUAUUCAAUGCAUUUAAAUGGUAACGGAGGCCCUCCUGCACCUGUAGUCUUGCCAAACGAUGGAUUAGUAUCAAUGGGAGUGCCUAAACUAGCCCGACAAACGGUGUCGCUUCAUCACGGAGAGGUAGUUUGUGCUGUAACUGUGAGUAGUGUAGCAAAACACGUGUACACAGGCGGAAAAGGGUGUGUUAAAGUUUGGGAUAUCAGUGCACCCUCAGCUCCCCUGUCCCAGCUUGACUGUCUGCAAAGGGAUAGCUAUAUCAGGUCAGUGAGACUCCUGCCCGAUGGACGCACACUAAUCGUAGGUGGUGAAGCCAGUAAUCUCUGUAUUUGGGAUUUAGCGCAACCAACACCACGAAUUAAAGCAGAACUUACAUCAAAUGCACCUGCUUGUUAUGCCUUGGCAGUUAGUCCUGAUUCCAAAGUUUGUUUUAGUUGCUGCUCGGACGGUCAUGUAGCAGUUUGGGACCUUCAGAAUCAAACUAUAGUACGCCAGUUCCAAGGUCACACCGAUGGAGCGUCUUGUAUAGAUGUAACGCCAGAUGGUAACACUCUUUGGACAGGUGGCUUGGAUAACACCGUGCGCUCAUGGGAUCUUCGACAAGGACGCCAACUGCAUCAGCAUGAUUUUCCCUCUCAGAUCUUUUCUUUAGGUUACUGUCCAAGUGGAGACUGGCUAGCCGUCGGAAUGGAGAAUUCGGCUAUCGAAGUAUUACACACAACUAAGACUGAACGAUAUCAAUUACAUUUGCACGAUUCGUGUGUGUUAUCUUUGAAGUUUGCCUCCAGUGGGAAGUGGUUUGUUUCUACAGGAAAAGACAAUCUUUUAAAUGCAUGGCGGACUCCUCAUGGAGCCUCUUUAUUCCAAUCAAAAGAGUCCUCAUCUGUUUUGAGCUGUGAUAUUUCCUUGAAUGAUAAGUACAUUAUCACUGGAUCUGGUGACAAAAAAGCCACUGUCUACGAAGUGCACUACUAACUGACGCAUUGCUCUAUUUUACGUAGAGACAGUUUCAGUAGGUUUUCUUAGGACCUGAUUAGUUAUAAUUUUCAAUCAGACUUGGGUUUUUAUUUUUUUAAAUCAGUUCUCUUUCUUUACUAUUGUGAGGGUUUUGUUGGACCCAUCUUUCAUGUAGAUUUUUAACAGAGGCGGCAACCUUGAAAGCAAAUCGUGCUGAAUCAGGCCAAAUUUUUUGGCGCCCAUCAAUGAAAUGUGUUUUCAAAAUUUCAUUCCUCAAGUGGAUACAUCUUUAGAUCUUUAGAUGAUACCAGUACUGAUGCAAUUUUUUGUCUCCUGGUUCCUGAAAAAAGAAAAAAAUGGGUAGUAAAACAAACAGGACGCUCUUUCCACCACUAGAAUUUGUCAAUGACUUCAAAUUUUUGAAUUGUCGUGGUGGCGGUUUUGACUUUCCUUUUUUCUACCCUCAAGCUGACCAACCCAAAUCUUGGGAUCCAUUUUUAGGUUGCCGUACCUUUUGCAGUGAUCCUUCUGUACUGUAUAAUUACCAUGUAAAUACUGUGAAUAUAAUGUUUUCAGUUAAGAUAAGUGCUUUGUAAAAGCUCUUUUUACAAGUUGUAUGUAUUCCUUUUAAUUUUAAAAAAAUCGCAAAGUUCUUUGCUUCUGUUUUGUAUUAAUGAAAGCAUGUUUCUUAGUUGACUCAUCGAUUGUACAGCAUUUAGCGAAAAGGAACAAACUUUUGUGAAAGGGAACGGGUCUGCUCGUUGAAAGUGGUCAGCAGAAUUGCACUCUAAUCUUCAUUGAUAGAAGUUUUCUACCCAACACUUAAAGUUAUUUGAGCUACAGGAUUUUUGCUCUAUUUAUUUAUUUUUGAUCCAUGAUUAGAGUUUAAUGAAAAAAUCACCUCUUACUAGAAUUGUUUCCAAAAUCUAUCCUUGCCACUAGACUACCAACUGAAUGGAUGAGGUUCCAAGGGAUGUAAACUGAUGAUUUUGUGUGUGUUCUAAAGAUGGUAAUAAAUUUUGAGACGGGAAAUAAAAGCAAGGAUUAAGAUCCAUUUACAUGGGAAAUUCUGCUUAUCAAUGAACUAAUUGAAUCGAUGUAUGCAAAAAUGUCCGAUGUCUAAGACGGUGUUUCAAAAUUUGAGUGGACAAUUUCGUCGUAACUUAACGACACAAGAUGGUUUAAGAUGUUCGGAAUGUGGAACAAUUUUAUAAAUAAUCCCCCAAGUGUAAUUAAACAUUUACAAAAGAGAUCAAUCCUAUUCAUCAGUGUCAUGGGACAAAAGAAACCCACCGCAAUUAUGAAACCCUGUAUUUGGACAAUGGACGUUUUCGCAUACGUCGAUUCAGUUAAUGAGUGUACCCACUGUUUUCCAAAAAGCUGGUUUUCCUUUCACUUCGUUGAGCUCUACUAUUUUUCCAAUGAAACCAGAACAUUACUAUUCAUCCUAAUGAAUAACUCUAAUUCCGGUUUAUAUGUAAGUAAACUGAUGUUAUGUUGAUUUAACUGGUGUAGGUAUAUUUUAAAUCUUAUCUAGAGUGUUCAAAGAUUUUAAUUACGGGUCAAAUCAGUGAGAUGACCCUGUUCAGCAAAAACUGAAUUUUUGGCGUCACAAUAUGAUGGCCUAAGUUCGAAACCGUGUAUCUCCAUAUCAGUGUUACAAAAUGUAUGCAAGCGAUUUAAUUUGUUGAAGAAAAACAAGCCAACCUAUACCUUGAAAUUUAGACGGAAUAUUCCGCUAACAGAGAAGAAUAAUCCAGGACGUUUUAAAAAACUUGCGUUAACUGGGUUUCCACAGAUAAAUAUGAUAGGAAGUCUUCAACGUCGCCAACAGAGAUACAUGGCUUUGCUUUCAGCCAUUAAUUAGUUUCUUACACACUAAACAUCACUUUUUGUCAUUAUCAAGUCAACCAUUAACAACAUUUUGUGACAUUCAAUAAAGAGGAGGGUCCUAACUUGACAAAAAAAAAAUAAAAAUACAUUGAUGUUUCCUCUUAUGAGUUUGGAGCCCUUAAUUCUUUAUGACGCUGCUGAAGUCGAUGCAGAUUUAUUUCAGUCGGAACAAAGAUGAUGAUUGUUGUAAUGAAAACUUUAAAACUAAAUUUUCCCAAAUUCCCAAAACGUAAAUUUGGCUUUGAUUGAUAAAUUUGAUUUUUUAUUUUUUUUUUUUUUACUCAAACUGUUUGCUGAAAUGUCCUUAGUGCAGUUGUAUCAAAAUUUCAGUUUAAGGCUCCUAAAUAUCUCAUAUUCUCUAUGUAUUCCUCUUCUACUAGAACACCUAGGUUAUUUUCCUAGCAAAUUGUUACUACUGCUGUGUAACUACAGGGUUGUAUAAAAAUCUCAAUUUUAACCAUCUGGGCAUCUCAGUUGGGACACCUCUUGUCUCAUCAUAGUAAUACUUAGAUUAUCCAAUAAAUUGUGGCGGAAGCUCAAGCCAAAUAAUGAAAAAGGCAUAAAAAUACAUAAAAUUACGUAUAAUAUGUACAAAAAAUGAAGAAAAAAAUAGAGAAAGGAUAAACAAUACAAAUAAUUUGCAAAUUGGCUUUAAUGUCGAAUAUCAUCGAUUAGCAAUAAGCCGUUGAUUGAGGUAUUACUGUGCUUGUGAAAA